UACACACGUGCGUAUACACGGGCAUAUUAGACAGAAACAUGCGUUCAAUCGUGUUUUUGCUUUUGCUGAUUUCUUGGGCACUCCUUUGUGUCAGUGGUCAAACAACGACACCAGCAAGUCUAGAGAAAUGGACAUACACGUGCCAGUCCAAACUCGCCAAAUGUCCAGUCGGCUUUGAGGUCGCGGUGGAUGAGCUGUACAUGACAACAGAUCGCAACUGUCCCACGGAAAGUCCCGUACUUGGACCAUGCCAAGUGCGCAUGAACGUUAUAAUACUGGCUAUGCAGCAAUCUCUGUGUAACGGUGUGCGAGUGUGUAACAUCAUUGAUGUGAGCGGUUAUCAGACAGAGUGCGGCAUUACCACAUUUGGGAUCAUUAUCUACCGCUGUAACUUCGAUGGAUACCCUCUCUUUACGGAAACCACACCCGUACCAACCUCCACACAGCCCACUCCCAUGCCUGUUGCCAGCACUUACUGUGAGCCUGCUAAUAUGACCUGCCCUAGGGGACAACUGAUUAAUGUGAUAGAAGUCCAAUACGCAGCGAAAACCGUUCCGUGUGAGCAGACGGCAGAUGAGUGUUGUGCCUAUGACGUCACAGAUUGCGUACAGCGAGUCUCGGGUCCAAUAUUGAGCAUUCAGCGAAAUAUUUGUCUCGACAAAGCCGCCUGCUCGUCUAUAGAUUUGACAGGCUAUGUGAUGUUCUGCAAUGGAAUGCAAUAUUUAAGUUCCUACGGUAUUGUCCGGUACAGCUGUUACGAAGGUCCCACAACAACCAUUGCAACCAAGGUGUCGAGGACGGCAACAACAAAAACACCUACGUUGAAAACGCCAACAACAAAAACACCAACAUCAAAAACGCUAACAACGACGACAAUUAAAACAACAACAACAUUGACACCUGAGACUCCAACGUUACCAACUGUCACCACUAGAAAGUCGACGCCUGUCUCUACGUGGGGUUAUGUCUCGAAUUUCAAACACCUACGUCACAACCGAUACCUGGCUUGA